GCUAUUGUCAGCUCAUUAAUUAGUUGUCGUAGACAAGAAAAUGAAGUUCAAAAUAAUACUGUUUUUCUUAACAGCCAGCACAUUCGGGAAUAUCAUAAGCCCAUGGGAAAGUCACGGUAGCCAUGAAGAUACUAGGUGGUUUUUAGAUGCUGAAAAAGAUACUGUUAAUUUGAAAGAUACUAGUGUUUGUAAUACUAACGACUGCACAAACCUUGCUCAUGAGAUUUUGAGUGGAAUGAAUAAAUCAGCAGAUCCAUGUGAGGAUUUUUAUGAAUUCACAUGCGGAUCAUUCAAAAAUACUCAUCCAAUUCCUGGCCAUACUGCUAUUUGGGGAAGAUUUUUUAUGUUUCAAGAAUUGGUUUAUCACCGUUUAAAGGCAAUUUUGGAAACAACUCCGGAGCCAGAAGAUAUUUUACCAGUGAGACAGGCCAAAAAAUGGUAUCAGUCUUGUAUGGAUGCAGAGGCACUUGAAAGACGAGGCUUGGAUCCGAUAGAAUCUGUUUUGAUGCAAGUUGGAGGUUGGCCGAUGACUAUUGACGCCGAAGAAUGGGAUGAAAGUGAGCAUCUGUGGCAGCGAAUUGAGCAACACUAUUUCCAAAUUACUGGCUCUUAUGUAUUUUACAAAUUUUCCCCUGAUUUGACCAACAGUUCAGUGUUUAAAAUGGAGAAAGGCGAUCUUCCACUCCUCGAUAAACUUCCGUUUGAAUUCCAAGAUUAUACCGGAAAAGAGUAUGAAAAUUACAAGACAUUUAUUACGGCCGUAGCUCUAAUUUUUAUUGAAAACAACAGAGCAAAUAUUUCUGAAGAGAUGGUUGAAAAAGAUGCCGCCGAUUUAAUUGAGUUUGAAAAACAAUUAAGUUUGAUUUCAAAGGAGAAAAGCAACAAUGUCAAGACUUUUGACGAUUUUCAAGAUUGGUACGAUGAGAAAACAGUCGAUCAAGGCAAUAAAGUUAGGGUGAAAAAGUUAAUCAGAAGAAUAUUGGAAACAGUAAAUUAUGAUGUAGAAAAUAUUAAGUACGUAUCAGCAGACAAUAUGGAGUAUUUCGUUAAAUUGAAUGAACUAAUGAACAAAACUCCCAAGCGAACUAUAAUGAAUUAUAUACACUGGGAUUUUGUAAGUGAGAUGCUUACGGCAACGAUCGACGAUAUGCGUGAUGCAUUUUUUGAAUUAAUGAGCAAAGAGGUUGGAGUCACGGAAAGAGAGCCACGGUGGAUGGAGUGUACAAGGCUAGUAAGAAUGGCCAAAGCAACUGGAUACGCAUUUGCUGAGAAAUAUUUUUCCAAAACCGUAAAUACUAAUGUUAAAAGUAUGGUCGAUAAUAUAUGUAAUGAAAUGAAGGUACAGAUACAAAGAUCAGAUUGGCUGGAUGAUACAACUAAGAAAAUAGUUACGGACAAAAUUGAUGACAUGGGACUUUUUGAAGGCACUCCUAAAUGGUAUAAAAACAGAACAUACGUUCUCAAUGCAUACAAAGGGCUUGUUAUUAGUAACAAUCACUUUGAUAAUGUACUCAGUUAUAAAAAAUAUGAAAUUCGAGAAAAACUACGCAAUGUAGUGAACACAGUAUACACGGACCAAAGUAACGAUAUCGACGUACUCGAAGUUAACGCAUACUAUGAGCCUUAUUCUAAUGUUAUGGUUCUACCUGUUGGCGAUUUGCAGCCCCCAUUUUUCACUGAAAGUCUUCCCGAUAACGUUAACUACGGAAUGAUUGGGACCGUUAUCGGUCAUGAAUUAGGGCACGCCUAUGACAUCAACGGGAUGAAAAUAGGACUUGAAAGUCAAGAUCUUGAGCUUCCUAAGCAGAUAAUGGACUCAUUUGAUCAACGCGCGGAAUGUUUCAUCGAUCAAUUUAAAAAAUAUUUCAGGGACCCGAUGCCUGAUAGCGAAACUACUUCCGAAGACAGAGAAGAAAAACUAAGUCGCCAUACUCAAGGAGAAAAUAUGGCAGACACGACAGGGCUGAACGCAGUUUACGAUGCCUGGAAGAGAAUUAAGGCAACGAAAGGUCCUGAAAGUAGACUACCUGGCUUUGAAAAGUAUUCCGACGAACAAAUGUUCUUCAUUGGAUUUGGAUCCUUGUGGUGCACAGUAUCUACGGACCAGUACGCAAAAGCAGCUUUGGACCGAGAUGAACACAGUCCGGCGAAAAUACGAGUACUUGGCGCAGCUUCGAAUAGCGAGGAAUUUGCUCGUGCCUUCAAUUGUCCAAAAGGCAGCCCAAUGAACCCCGAAAGGAAAUGUAAUAUUUGGUAAAGUAUUGAGACGCAUACUGAGCCCAAAAAAGCUAAUCGAGGACGCAAGUAAAAGUCACCAUCUCUGAGUUUUUUAUUGGUCAAGAGAUUAUCAUCGAUUGAAAUAUAUUAUUUAUGAACAUAUUUGUUGAACUAUGAUCUUUUAAGAUCCAUACAUUGUAUAUACAUUUAAAUA